AAACUGACGCUUGUCACUUGCUGCUAAUUUUCGAUAACUAUCGAGGUUAAAUGCGGUUAUAUUGACGCUUUGCCGUUUUACUGCGAAAUAUGAAGAACAUGCACGUUUGACACGGAGGGAUAUUUGGCGUUGAACAUCGAUAGUGUGCUGAGUCUAGUGGAAGGAUGGAGAGUCUGAUCCCCACCAUCAACAGGCUGCAGGAGGUUUUUCUCACAGUGGGAGCAGAGCUCAUCCAGCUGCCACAGAUAGUGGUGGUUGGAUCUCAGAGCAGCGGAAAGAGCUCUGUGCUGGAGAGUCUGGUUGGACGGGAUUUCUUGCCUCGGGGAUCGGGAAUAGUCACAAGACGACCCCUGGUGUUGCAACUUAUUAAUGUUGCCCCUGUGGAGGAGAGACUGAAGGUUGAAAAUGGUGUCAAGGCUGAAGAAUGGGGUACAUUCCUGCACUGCAAGAACCAGAUCUUCACAGAUUUUGCAGAAAUUCGCAAAGAAAUUGAAGGAGAGACUCAACGCUGUUCAGGUGACAACAAGGGAAUCAGUCCUGAGCCCAUCUAUUUAAAGAUUUUCUCCCCCAAAGUCCUUAAUCUCACUCUGGUUGAUUUGCCUGGCAUUACUAAGGUUCCUGUUGGGGACCAGCCAGAGGACAUCGAAUCUCAAGUGCAAGAGAUGAUCUUGUCCUUCAUCUCCAAUCCAAACUCCCUCAUCCUCGCGGUGUCCCCUGCCAACUCUGACUUGGCCACCUCUGAUGCACUGAAAUUGGCUCGUGAGGUUGAUACAGAUGGUCGAAGAACACUGCUGGUAGUCAGUAAGCUGGAUCUGAUGGAUGCAGGGACCGAUGCUCUGGAGGUCCUGCUUGGUCGAGUCAUUCCAGUCAGGCUUGGGAUUAUCGGGGUGGUUAACAGGAGCCAGCAUGACAUCAAUACCCAGAAGAGCCUGGAGGAUUCGAUGAGGGAUGAGCAGGCCUUCUUGCAGCGCCACUACCCCUCGCUCGCCUCCCGCGCCGGCUCACGCUAUCUGGCCAAAACUCUCAGCAGACUGCUUAUGCACCACAUCCGGGACUGCCUGCCAGACCUCAAAACCCGGGUGACCGUGCUGAGUGCCCAGUACCAGACACGACUCAUCAGCUAUGGCCAGCCAGUAGAGGACGAAAGCGCCACUCUGCUGCAGAUCGUCACCAAGUUCGCCAGCGAUUACUGCAACACCAUAGAGGGAACAGGCAGGCAUAUUCAAACAACAGAGCUCUGUGGGGGUGCUCGGAUGUGUUACAUAUUCCAUGAGACCUUUGGCCGCACUUUGCAGUCCAUUGACCCACUCGGGGGACUUACCGAGCUCGAUAUCCUCACUGCCAUCCGCAAUGCUACGGGCCCACGGCCAGCACUUUUUGUGCCCGAGGUGUCCUUUGAGCUGCUGGUGAAGCGGCAAAUUAAGCGGCUGGAGGAGCCCAGUCUACGCUGUGUUGAGCUUGUCCAUGAAGAACUACAGAGGAUCAUUCAGCACUGCUCCUCCUUCAGCACGCAGGAGCUUCUGCGAUUCCCCAAACUGCACGAUUCCAUUGUGGAAGUGGUGACUGGAUUACUGCGGAAGCGUUUGCCUAUUACCAAUGACAUGGUGCACAAUUUAAUAGCAAUAGAGCUAGCCUACAUCAACACAAAGCACCCCGACUUCACAGAUGCAGCGCAAGUCUCAGCAUCUGUCAACAAUCAGCAGGCAGAGGCCCUUGAUGGAGGGAAACGCUGGAAGAAUGAGAAGGUUGCAGAAGAGAAAGCUCCGGCUGCAGGCUUUGGCAGCCCCAGCAGAGGCCAUGCCAUUAACCUUCUUGACACAGCGGUGCCAGUAUCCCGCAAGCUGGGUGCAAAGGAGCAGAGGGACUGUGAGAUCAUCCAGCGCCUCAUCAAGUGCUACUUUCUUAUUGUCCGCAAAAGCAUCCAAGACAGUGUGCCUAAGACAGUGAUGCACUUCCUGGUGAACUUUGUGAAAGAACAUCUGCAGAGUGAGCUGGUGGGUCAGCUUUACAAACAGCCACUGCUGCAGGAGCUGCUCAUUGAGUCACAGGACACGGCACAGCAGCGGACCGAGGUUGCUCAAAUGCUUGAGGCUCUUAAAAAAGCCAAUAACAUCAUCUCUGAGAUCCGAGAGACCCAUCUGUGGUAGCCAGCCGAAACGAACAACUCCCUUGUCAUACAACAGCUUUGAGAGUAUGAGAGUGUAUGUGAGUUUACAGCAGAGAGAGAGUGUGUGUGUUUGUAAUUAUGUGGCAGUACAACAGUUUUCUCAUGGACCAAUGACCAUACCACGUUAAGACUUACUCUCUUUGUCAUCUGUUGCCCCUGAGCUGUACAUCAGGGCUGUUGCUUUUCACUGUGUAUGUUGUGUAGUGACUGAAAUUAAUUGAACACUCAGGCUGAAAGUGUUGUUAAUGUAAAUGAGACAGCUGUGAACAAAAUAUUUUUUUCUUUUUUGUCAUAAAAUGUUUGUUGGAACAUAAUUCUGUAAUAUAUGUAAAUUAUAUGUGGCAUAUUUAAGUUCUCUUAUUCUGCAGUUUCCAAAAACUUGGCUUCCUCUGAGGCCCUUUAGCAGGUGCUGAAACCAUGUUACAUUAGAUGUUUUCCAAAUUCAAUCUCCUUUGUUGGAGCAUUUCGUCAGAGAUAGAAAUGGAGUGAAGUUCCAAUUCAAUUAAUGAUGACUGCAAUGCAACACUGAAGACAGACUGUGGUCACGUGUGGAAAUAACAAAAUGAUUGCACAAUGUUUUACGAGCUCUGUAGGAUUAAUUAAUAUCAGAUUUAUUUUCUAUCUACAUAUCAUCCAGUUUGUACUGUUAUCUGUUUUGCUGACAGUGUUGUUUGUAAACUCGGGGACCAAGCGUUCACAGCUUUUGUUAGGUUUUUAAGAAGACACACACAGUUGGACACGUAUAGUCUGUAGCUUACAUGUACUUUGAUAUUUGGCACACAGAAAUUAAUUCAUAUUAUUAAUAAUAAUAAAUAUAAUUAAUGUAUAAAACUUGUCAGAAGAUGAUAAUAGAAAGUUAGGAUAUGUCAUCAUUUUUUAGAUUUUAGAUCCUGAUGGUAUAUUCAGUAACUUCCCUUUAUUUCCUCAAACUAAAUGUCUACCCAAUUCCCAGUUUUAGAGAUGUGCUACAUACCUAUCUUUGACCCUCUCCAGUAGUAAAGACAAAUUUGCCCCAUAGGAUUCAGAGAAUAACAGUAUGGAGAUACCUCCGACAUGCAGUUUUUGCAUCCCAUUGUAUGCUGAUGUCCCCAUACGAACCAUAAACUUGCAUCUUAAUUAAGCCAGAGUGAUUUUCUAGUCACACAAUUAAUUCUGUAAUAUUGCUUGAUGUGUUUUAAUUAUCAUCUCUUCACAUCUGUUCUUAACUUAGACCAUUGUUCCGGCAGAUUCCUCUCCCGAGUGCUGUAGCUGUUAAUGUGAAUCUGUUCCCAUAAACAAAACAAAUAGUUAUCCUAGGCUUUUUCAGGAAGAACUGCCUUAAUGGGACCAUUGAACAGUAACUGACUUCUGUGUGAUCAGGGAGCCAACACAAUAUCCAGUCAGUCUUGUCCCUCUAAAAGCCCUGUCUAAGUUUGCAUGUCUGUGUUCAGUAUGCAUGUGUGGACGUAUGAGUGAAUGAUUAGUGUAUAUUUUGUAUUAUGUAUAUGUAUAUUAUGAUCAUGUGUCAACUGCCUCUGAGUUCUUGCCUGCCAAUAUUUGUGAUACAUGUUUACUGGAUGGAGUCUGUAGAGAUUGGAGAGAGAUUCAUUAAAUUCUG